ACUCCAAAAAGGAGGAGCGUUAAAGCCAUUGGCACUCAAACCUCCAACGUGGUCUUCUCACAGAAAGACAACAUGGAGCGUCUGGUCCUCGCCCCGCUCACAUCUCUUCAGGGCAUGUUCACUGCGCCUCAAAAGCUCAUCCAGAAACGUUACGACAAACUGCUGGAUUACUGCAGCCGGCUGGAGCGCUCGUCCUUCUCCCCCUCAUCCUCGUCAUCGUCUACCUCUUCCUCCACCCCGUGCCUGGUAUCGGUUGACCCGCCCGGUCCUGCCAGGAGGGACUACGAGGCUCUCAACGCAUUGCUCGUGGAGGAGUUGCAGCGGUUCAACAUGGCUUCCUAUGCCAUCCUCACCAACUGUGCGGUGUAUGUCGUGGUUUUGCUCCGAGGCCUGAUGGAGGAAAUAUUGUUGGGAGUUCCCUCCGUGCAGCAAUUACCGGCUCCGUUGUCUAACAUCACUGAGGUGCAGAACAGCAUCAUGGAUGAGCUGAACAAUCUGGCAUUUGUCAAGGAGAAUGCACAGAAACUAAUGGAGCGGAAAGUCAGCUUCGAGAGGCAACGGGACAAGAAAAUAGCGGUAAGAUAAGUGGUCGCGGAAAUCAUUUGCAUGUCGAUAGUCUCGUACUGAGGUUGGUUUGCAACGCUUCCGCCAAUUUCCAUGCCACUUAUCUUGCGCAUGGUGGAGCCUUCUCGAAGUCGUCGGUGAACCUAAUAUACAUUUUUACAUUUUU